UUAAGUUUCACUUUCCAUGGCGCUCUCCUCGCCUGGGAAACGAAAACUCGGCCGGGCUCCCUCUAGCCGGGAGGGAGCGCUCGGCUGUCAAAAGCAGAGCGCCGUCGACCGCGGAGCCGGGCUGUUCCUUUGCCACCGUCGCGGAACCGGAGUGGAAGUGGAGGGAAGCAGGGCACCUCUCCCCUCAGCUCGCAUGCGAUUAAUGGGUCAAGGAUUUGGACGGGCAGAGAGAAGGAGGUCACUCAAGCUGGACGAGUAUCAAAGGAUGGCAGUCCAAACAGAGGAAGAGGAGGAGGAGGAGAAAUGUGCAGAGAAUAUCACAGCAAAAUGCAAAGAGCAGCUGAAAGCAAUCUGGGGAAUGGCUGAUUUAAGAAACGGGGCUGUCGGCUUGUACAAUAUUGGCUUAAGCUGUUGCCUCAACUCUUUGCUUCAAGUGUUCUUCAUGAACAGACACUUCACUAUGAUUCUCCGGAGAAUUGAAGUGCCUUUUGAUGCUGCCGAGCAGAAGGCAAGUGUCCCCUACCAAAUGCUGCUGCUCUUGGAGGAGAUGCAGAGAAGCAAACAGAAGUCUGUGCAUCCCACGGAUCUUGCCUGCUGUCUCUCAAAGCACAACGUGAGAUUGUUUGUUCUGUAUGAUGCGGCUCAGCUUUUCUUGAUCCUAUGGAAUAUAAUUAAGGACCAAAUUACAAGCGUAGAUCUGGCUGAAAGUUUAACUCUCCUGUACACCAUCCAGCUGCAAGAGUACACAGUGUGUCAAAACUGUUUGCUUGAAAUGAAGAAGGACAGCAACAUGCUGAUGCUCCCACUCCCAAUGUUUGAUUCUGAUUCUCAGCCACUUAGGACACUGGAAGGUGCAUUGCAUGCGUUUUUUGCACUGGAGCUACUGACCGAAGGAAGUGCAUGCCGCUGUGAGCAGUGUGAUAGGAGAACGUCGUGGCUGCGGGUAAGAGUAUGUUUUGCCACUGAUGUACAUUUGCUGAAUUCAGGACCAGAGCAGAGAAAGACAAAGAAGAUCAGCCAUUCCUUGUCUUUCCCACAGAGCCUGGAUUUCAACCAAAUCCUGACAUCAGAACAGUACUGCCCGGAUGUCCAGGAGAAGGACAAUGGGUUGUAUGAUCUGUUUGCAGUUGUUGCACACUCUGGAUCGGCAAACUUUGGUCAUUACUGUGCGUAUGUGUGGAGUCUCACGGAAGGCAAGUGGUAUUGCUUUAAUGACUCCAGUGUCUGUCAGGUAUCCUGGGAUGAUGUCAAAUGUACCUAUGGAAGAGCGUGUCUCCGCUGGGGUGAAACAGCCUACCUCCUGGUUUACUUGAAAAGGAAUUGCAGACAGCUGUGAUUGAUCCUGUGAACAUCCCGGGCAACUGAAGAGAGUUUGCCAUCCAGACUUCCUGUAUCAGUGUAGGAGAAUGUAAAUGAUAUGUUAAUGAAAUGUGGCAAGAAAAGGGGGAUUACGGGAGCCAUGUAUCACCAUCUAGAAAGAUAGUGGUGUUCUUGUUUUUCUUGCAUUGUUGCAUUCUGAUUCUUCUGAAAGGUGAGAUACAAGAGCAAUGGAGCAUGUUUAUUUCCAGAUCUGGAGCACAACUGGCGAAUGCAAGAGUAGCGUCUCUAUACAAUGCAACCAGCAAUACGCAACAGUCUGCACCUGGGGCAAUGGAACAGUACACUUCAUACACUUCAGGAUGCAUUCUUUUAGCAGGUGUCCAAAUAGCUUUUAGAAUACAGUAGGGCUCUCAUAUCCACAGCAUCAGUAUCCGCGGUUUCCCUUAUCCGCUUUUGGAAAAUAUUAAACUCUAAAAACACGUUUUCACAACAUAGUUACCAGGGGUGGCUACUAGAGGGAGUCAGAGACCAUUAAAUAUAUUCUUGUUGUUGAAAAAUAGCAUGGUCACUUGUUCCUUCUAGUGGCCAAUUCUGGCAAUACAUCUGAAAAUACGCUUUUUUCCUGAAUUUUUAAAAUUUUACCAUACAAUGUACAGUGGUGCCUCGCAAGACGAAUGCCUCACAGGACGAAAAACCC